AUUCCGGCGACGGCGGGGGUGUACGCGGUGUACGACGAGCGGGACGCGCUGCAGUACGUGGGACUGUCGCGAAAGGUGAACGCGAGCGUGAAGGUGCACGCGUUUGAGAUGCCGCAGUACUGUUACGCGGUGAAGUGUAUGGCGCUGCCGGACGCGAGCAAGGCGGAUUUACAGGCGGCGUGGAAGACGUGGGUGAUGGAACACGUGACGACGGCGGGCGGGUUGCCGCCGGGGAACGCGCCGGGGAAUAAACUGUUUAGCGAGCGACGGGCGCGGCCGAGCAAGGCGUGCUUGCGAUUGAGCGAUGGAAAAACUCCACAAAUGACCGCGGACGCGCUGAAGGAGGCGAUCGGGACGUGCGUGCGCGAACAUAAGAUUGUCGCGUUCAUAAAGGGAACGCGCGAAGAGCCCGAUUGCGGGUUUUCGCAUCGCAUGAUUAACGUCUUAAACGAGCUCAUGGUGGAUUACGACACGGUGAACGUGUUGGAUGAUUACUAUAACCCCAACUUACUGUUCGUCAUCAAGGACUUUUCGGAUUGGCCCACGAUUCCGCAACUGUACGUCGACGGCGAGCUUCUCGGCGGGCACGACAUCGUGAACUCGAUGCACGAAUCCGGGGAGUUG